CUGACCAAUUCUGAAAUCUGUUCGGUUGUGGAACUUAUGUCAAGAAACUUCUUCGUUUGAUCUAUUCAUUCCGCUUUAUCAACGAAAAUGUCUUCGAUGUUUCGUUCAAAUAGCAGAAGUGAUGGUCCUGGGUUUGUUGGGAUCAAGUUUUGCCAAGAAUGUAACAACAUGUUGUACCCCAAGGAAGACAAAGAUCACAAAAUACUACUUUACGCCUGUCGCAACUGUGACUACCAACAGGAAGCUGACAACAGUUGCAUAUAUGUCAACAAGAUCACUCACGAAGUCAAUGAGUUGACCCAAAUUGUUGGGGAUGUCAUUGCAGACCCCACCUUACCCCGAACUGAAGACCAUGAAUGCCCAAGAUGCGGUCACAGGGAAUCAGUGUUUUUUCAAUCACAAUCAAGUAAAGCAGAUCAAAUGGUGUUGUACUAUGUCUGCACUUCUGUGGACUGUGGGCACAAAUGGACAGAAUAACCCCAGACACAAGAUAGUUUAAUACGAGUUUUCAUUCGUGCUACAGAAUCAUCAUCAAUGUCAUCCUAGCUUUAACGCCAAUAAGCUGAUGUCUGUUAUUCAUUGACAUUUCCAUCCAUUGCCAUCAUGCUAGGUUGGGCAGUAUAAUAUUUGCUUAGUAACAGUCAAGUACCUACAGUACCGCUCACGAACAUAGGGACACUGUUUGCGAAACUUUCGCGAACAACGUUCGCGAAAUUCGCGAACAGCGUUCGCGAAAUUCGCGAACAGUGUUCGCGAAAUUUGCGAACGGCUUUCGCGAAAUUCGCGAACAUAUAGACUGUUCGCGAACACGCUGUUCGCGAAAAGAUGCAAAAUAAACGGUUUGACAAACGGUAA